CCGGCUUCAGUUGCUUGGACGAAGCAUUGCUGAGCGGUCAGGGAUUCUCGGAUUCUCAGUGUCCGUCCGUCCAUAAGUCCAUUUCGUCGUGAUAUUUUCGUUGUCUUCUUGACCAGAGCGAUAGCCACCGGUUUAUAUUCUUUUUUUUUUAUUUUAUUUUAUUUUAUUUUUUUUGUUUGUUUGGUUGUGGAUUUGGUUUUUUUUUUUAUUGUGAUUCUUUAUUAUUUUUCUUGAGUUUUACUUGAUUUUUUUAUAUUUGGAUUUUCGUGUACUGGAAGAAGUCUCACUUCGUUAUCAAAAAAAAAAAAAGAAAAAAUCACCGAAACGGGUCGUGUCAAAAGAAGUUGACCGAAAAUGCCCGGGGUCUUGGAGAGAAAUUGGUUCCUAUUCGGUGUACUCGUCCUUAGUUUUUCCAGCCAGGUGGCACUGGGAGAUGAGGGCGAUGAGUGCCUGGUGAAGGCCAAUAUACCCGGGAUAUGCCGUGCCUCCUCCAGUUGCCUCAAUGUCGAUGGUUACAUAAGAUCGGGCGCCCUGUCCACCAGCGAGGUGCCCAGCUGCGGUUACGGGUUGCGGGAGGAGAUCAUCUGUUGUCCCAUCGCCGCCUGCUGCCCCUCCACUGAUCGUAGUAGUAGCACAACCACCAGUACUCCCAGAACCACCACCAGAACCACUUCCACGACCACCUCCUCCACCACCACCACCACAGAGCGUCCCAGGGAGCCGCGCCUCGACGAACAUGAAGUCUUCUUCGAUUUCAAUCAGCUCCUGGGCACCACCGCCCGGCCCCAGAAGACCCACGAGUCCCUGAAGAUGCCCACCCAGAGUGUGGGUCACUGGGGAAUAGCUCCUCCGCCUCCCAACACCAUACCUGGGACUGGUGGCAAUGGAGAGGAGAGAACCUCCGGCCACUGGAAAUGGAACAGGCCCGAGCCCAGGAUCAUAAAUCGACCCCCUUCGAGGAAGCCCCCGGUGGAGACCUUCUCCAACAACAAGGACAACAGUCUGAUCCACUUGGUGAACGAUCGACUGCGCCAGCAGGGCAUGGAGAUAGAAAAGGCGAGGGAGGUCUCCCCCCAGGUUCCGGUUCAGGUGCCAGUCAAGGUUCCCAUCAAGAUUCCCACGCAAGUGCCAGCUCCACCUCCUGUCAAGGACCCAGUCCAAGUAUCAGUCACCCAGCCAACGGAGACAAUGGAUCCUUUUAAGCCCUUCCAGUUCCGGGGCGAAGACCGCCAGCCGGAGUCCUCGGGUGACAGGUUCUCGAAGCCCAACUCCACAAGGGAUGCUGGAACUGGCCAGGAGGCCAGAGAGCGUCCAGCAGUGGCAGCCUGCAGAAAAAUUCGUGGCGACACCCUGCCCCUGGGAGAGCGCAUCCUGGACGGAGUUCGGGUGGGUCUGGGCGUAUAUCCCCAUAUGGCGGCCAUAGCGUACAACAGUUUCGGGACGACGGAGUAUCGGUGCGGCGGAUCCUUGAUCGACGAUCGCUAUGUCCUGACGGCGGCCCACUGCAUCAGCGAGGAGUUCCAGCCGGCCUUCGUCCGGCUGGGGGCCAUCAACCUGAACGAACCGGACCGCGGCUACGUGGACAUCAACGUCCGGAGCGUGAUGAUCCAUCCGAGCUACGUGAGCUUCAGCAAGUAUUACGACAUCGCCAUCCUGGAGCUGGCGGAGGCGGCGCCCCGGAACGAGAUCAUCCGACCCGCCUGCCUCAACACCGACAUCCGUGAUCCGCCCCAGAGCGCCAGCCUGUUUGUGGCCGGAUGGGGUCAGGUCAAUCGCACCACCAAGGCGCGUUCAACGCUGCUGCUGAGAGCGCCCCUGGAACUGGUUCCGCUGGACAAGUGCAACGAGGCGUUCGCCAACCAGCCCACCUCCUCCAGGUCCCUCAAAAUGGGCAUCAUCGAGUCGCAAAUGUGCGCCGGCGACCGGCAGCAGAAGAAGGACGCCUGCCAGGGCGACUCCGGCGGCCCGCUCAUCCAGGAGCUGAACAUCACCGAUAGCAUCUACAACAUCCAGGGCGUGAUCUCGGCGGGCAUCGGCUGUGCCAGCGCCACCCCUGGCCUCUACUCCAGGGUUGCCGCCUUCCUCGACUACAUCGAGGGUAUCGUGUGGCCGGAUAACCGCGUCUGACCAAAAACUCACUUGGUUUGAAUCUCAGGACUGACUUAAAAUAAAUGGCUUAAAGUAAACAAUACUAAAAAA